AUGUCCGACGACGCUGCCAGGAGCGAUGCCAGCGCGCGGGAGCCUGAGCCCGCCGCCUCGCCUGUGCCGAGCGACCAGGCGUCCGACGACAGGAGCGCCCAGGAAACCGCUGAAGUUUCGGCUCCCGGCAAUAAUCAAUCCGGCGAGAGCGACGACACUCAGCCGGAUGCGAAGAGCCCCGCGCACGACGACGAUGCUGCGGAAGCCACCAAGAAGCGCAAGCGCAGCCCCGAGCCUGAAGCCGCAGACCCUGCCACCACCACCGCAGCCGACGCUCCUCCGCUGCCCACCGAUGAGCUCCCGCCGCCCUUGCCUGACGAAGAGCCUCCGGCACAGCAGGACGACGGUUGGGAGGCUCUCUGGGACCACAACGUUGGCGCUUACUACUUCUACAACCGACACACGGGUGUAACUCAAUGGGAGAACCCUCGUGUACCGGAUGCUACCUCGUCGUCCGCCGUGCCUGCGCCGCCCGGUACAUCAGCCUACGGCAACAGCAGUCUGGGUUCGCCGCCUCGCAAGCGCGCGGGCGGGUACAAUCCGGCUAUUCACGGUGACUUCGACCCCAACGCCGAUUACGCGCAGGAUUAUCUCGAAGAGGACAGCACCGAGCCGGCCGUCGACGCCAACGCCGCCGCCGCCGUGCACGCUGCUGCGCUGGGCGGAGAUGCCUACGCGCAGACGGCCAACUUCAAUCGCUUCACUGGCCGCUUCCAAGCCAGCACUGACGGCCCUGAGCAGCACAACGACGAAAACAAGAGCCGGCGCCAGCUCAAUGCCUAUUUUGAUGUUGAUGCCGCCGCCAAUAGCCAUGACGGAAGAAGCCUGAAGGCCGAGCGUCAGAACAAGCGGCUCUCCAAGAAGGAGCUCCAAGCGUUCAAGGCAAAAGCCGCGAAAAAGAAGGAAGAGAAGAGGCGCGCAUGGCUCAGAGACUAG